UCUUCACAAUUGAUUUGUUUAUAUAUUCACUUGGCUUUAUGGAUUUCUGUAGAGUUGUCAGAGACAAGAGCUGACACAGAGGCAGCAGCUUAGCUGAAGAGUCAGAAGCAACAGAGGUGCAGUCAUAAAAUUUGCAGAGUUAGAGAGAGAGUUUGGAGAGAGAGGUGGCAAGUGGCAAUGGCAAUGGCAUGCAGCAGAGGCAGCGGCAGCACUGUAAUCAGAACCAUUAGUUUUAUCCAUGUACAGAAAAUUCUGCAGCUCUAUGGUCCCUGAAAAUAAAUAUACCUAUCACCUACUCUACUCUCUCUCUUUCUCUCUCUCUCUCUAACCCUUCUCUCUUUUGUUUCCGCACUCUAAAAUCGGAAACAAACCAGUCUCUGGUUUCAUCUUUUCUUUCUCUCUUCGUCUUUGGUUUCUUUGAAAAACCAAGCUCCUUUUGAUUUGGGAAAUAAUUAAAAAAAAUAUGAAUAGCACUGGAAGAAACAGCCGGUUUCCUUUCACUCCAACUCAGUGGCAAGAGCUUGAGCACCAAGCUCUUAUCUACAAGUACAUGGUUUCUGGAAUCUCCAUCCCUCCUGAUCUCCUCUUCUCCCUCAAAAGAAGCACCUACAACUUGGACUCCCCUCUCCCUCCAAAGCUCUUCUCUCACCACCCUCCUCACAUUGGAUGGAACUGUUUCCAGAUGGGAUUAGGGAGAAAAAUAGACCCAGAGCCAGGAAGGUGCAGAAGAACAGACGGGAAAAAAUGGAGGUGCUCAAAAGAGGCGUUUCCGGAUUCGAAAUACUGCGAGAAGCACAUGCACAGAGGGAAAAACCGUUCAAGAAAGCCUGUGGAAGUUCUGAAAACAUCUCAAAUUUCAACAACAAACUCAUCAGACACUUCAACAAUUACCACCAGAAUCAACACUUCUUCUGCUUCUCCAAGUCCUGCAGCUUUUCAUUCCCUUUCAUCAUCACUCUCUUCUCUCUCCUCUGAUUCCCACGCUUACCCUUUCCUCUAUCAUCAUAACUCACCUUCUCCAAGGCCUACUGGAAUCGGAUUCCCACAUCAAGAGAGAAGCACUACUUCCUUGUUUUUGGACUCUGGUUCUUAUCCCCAACCCACCCAGCUCAGAUUACAGGCCAGUUGGCCAGUUGAUCAGAGCAAUGUGACCGUCCUUGAGUUUAUGCCGGUUUUUGGGGUUACAUUGGUUGGUCACAGCAAUGUGUUUGGUCUUGACUCUUGA